AGGGCCCAGGCCCCCGGCGGGCGCUACUACCUGAACCUGAGCAGCCGCUUCCGCUGGUCGGCGCUGGAGGUGUCGGUGGGGCUGUACUCGUCCCUCUGCCAGUACUUCAGCGAGGAGGACAUGGCGUGGCGCACGGAGGGGCUCGUGCCGCUGGACGCCACCUCGCCCCGCCAGGCCGUCUGCCUCACCCGUCACCUCACCGCCUUCGGCGCCAGCCUGUUUGUGCCACCCAGCCGUGUCCACUUCAUCUUCCCGGAGCCCACGUCCACCGUGAACUACGUGGUCCUGCUGACCUGCACCGUGUGCCUGGUGACCUACGCGGUCAUGGUCGUGGUCCUGAGGAAGCUGGACCAGCUGGACGUCAGCCGGGUCCGCGUCAUCCCUUUCUGCGGGCAGGGGGGCCGCUUCAAGUACGAGAUCCUGCUCCACAGCCCCCGACCCGUGUCCAGGCUGACCCCGCCGGGCGUGGACGCAGUGGCCGUGGGCCUGGUGUCCAGCGUGGUGGUCUACCCGGUCUAUCUCGUCAUCCUGUUCCUCUUCCGAAUGUCCCGGAGCAAGGUGGCCGGGGGCCGCGGCGCUGUGGGACGGCAGGUCCCGGAGUCUGACAGCCGCCUGGACUCAGCGCUGGACAGCUCCUUCCUCACAUCCACGGGGCCCCAGGCCGAGGCCUUUGCUGGACAAGUGACAGGCGACUUGUUUCUGGGUGACUCUAAAAGCCUGGUGUGCUGGCCGUCCAGUGAGGCCACGCUCAGCUGGCCAGACCUGCUCAGUGACCCGUGCAUCGUGGGCAGCGCCCUGCAGCGGCUGGCACAGGGGGCCGAGGACGAGGGCCUCUCUCUCACCAGCCCCUCUUCACCGGCCAAGUACUUCGCUGCUUCAGACGAAGCCCUGGCCCGGCAGAGCCCGGCCCCCAGCCAGGACACGCAAGGAGACACAGACCUGCUCGGCGGCCUGUGUGGCACCCCGGGAGAGAAGACGGAGGCCCUGAUGCUGCAGAGGCUGGGCCAGAAGGGGCUACCCGGCCCGGGCCUGAGCUGGGAACAGCCCCUGCCAGCGACCCUCCCCAAGAGAGGGCUGGUGGAGGGGAUGCGGCGGCGGCUUCUGCCGGCCUGGUGCGCUGCACUGGCUCACGGACUCAGCUUGCUGCUGGUGGCUGUGGCCGUGGGGGUCUCGGGCUGGGUCGGGGCCGGUUUCCCGCCCCGCGUGAGCGUGACGUGGCUCCUCUCGAGCAGCUCCAGCUUCCUGGCCUCCUUCCUCGGCUGGGAGCCCCUCAAGGUGCUGCUGGAAGCCCUGUACUUCUCCCUGGUGGCGCGGCGGCUGCACCCGGACGAGGACGACACGCUGGUGGAAAGCCCGGCCGUGGCGCCCGUGAGCGAGCGCGUGCCCCGCGUGCGGCCCCCCCACGGCUUCGCGCUCUUCCUGGCCAAGGAGGAGGCGCGGAAGGUGAAGCGGCUGCACGGGACGCUGCGGAGCCUCCUGGUGUACAUGCUCUUCCUGCUGGUGACGCUGCUGGCCAACUACGGGGACGCGUCCCACCACAGCCACGCCUACCACCUGCAGAGCGCCAUCAAGCAGGAGCUGGACAGCCGGGCCUUCCUGGCCAUCACCCGGUCUGACGAGUUCUGGCCGUGGAUGUCGCACGUGCUGCUCCCCUCCGUGCACGAGAACCAGUCCAGCCCGGAGCUGGGGCCCCUGCGGCUGCGGCAGGUGCGGCUGCAGGAAGCACUCUGCCCAGACGCCCCCGGCCCUGCCUCCCGCCCUUGCGUGCCGGCCUCGGGGGCCUUCAGCACCAGCGACUACGGCGUUGGCUGGGGGAGCGCCGCGCACGCCCCCUCGGAGGUGUGGGCCUACUCCGCACCGGACCUGCUGGGGGCCUGGUACUGGGGCUACUGCGCCGUGUACGACAGCGGCGGCUACGUGCAGGAGCUGGGGCCCGGCCUGGAGCAGAGCCGCGCCCGCCUGGCCUUCCUGCGGCAGCACGGCUGGAUCGACAACAGGAGCCGCGCCGUGUUCGUGGAGCUCACGCGCUACAGCCCGGCCGUGGGGCUGCACGCCGCCGUCACGCUGCGCCUCGAGUUUCCCGAGAGUGGCAGGGCCAUGGCCGCCCUCAGCGUGCGCCCGUUCGCCCUGCGGCGCCUGAGCGCCGGCCUGUCGCUGCCUCUGCUCACCUCGGUAAGCCCCCCCGGCCCGUGUCCCGCCGCGUCCUGGCGCCUGCCCCCCCUGCUGUGCGCGGGGCUCUGGGCCCUGCGGCUGUGGGGCGCCUUGAGGCUGGGGUCCGUCCUCCUGCGGUGGCGCUACCACGCCCUGCGCGGGGAGCUCUACCGCCCCGCCUGGGAGCCCCAGGACUACGAGAUGGUGGAGCUCUUCCUGCGCAGGCUGCGCCUCUGGAUGGGCUUCAGCAAGGUCAAGGAGCCGGACUGA